AUGGAACGUUGUGUAUACAUAAAAACCCUCUGGAGAAGCGCUCUCAUUACGCUACAAUCUGAUUCUUGUCAGCACGUGACCUCGCGCCAGAUGACAGACGGGUACAAAGUGAUCACAUUUUCAACACAACAACCAUUAGUACUGGGCUCACCGCAUGAACAAUUCAAACACCUUGAUAGCACGCAAUUCAAGGACUCACUCCCGCGCCAUCUACUCCUCUUUACCAACGAGCUUCAAAUUCAAGCAACCAACCUCCUACAAAACUUACCAAACAGGGCAAGUGUUUCUGAUGAAGCGAAAGAGUUACGUGCGAGGCUGUUAAAACUUGAAUCGUGCAACACAAAUAAAGCCGAGAGAUGCACCCAGCACCCACUCAAUCAACGAACGUCAGGGUUUUACUUUUGUCAAUUUCACGGUCACUCUCAUCACGUGACACAAAUCGCCCUCAUAUUUUCCACAUCUUGUAAACCCACCCCAUAUCUCAUCCAUACCAUUCUAUACCUGGAAGUAGCCCAAAUACUACGUGACUUACGCUGUAUUAUUCACAACAACAUUACACCGAUUUUGGCAUCGGGAUCCGUAGAUUUGAGCUCUGGCUCUCGUCGAAAUUAUCUUUUAUGA